AUGCUAACACUACCGUUUGACGAGUCUGUCAUAAUGCCCGAAUCCCAGAUGUGCAGAAAGUUUGCUAGACAAUGCGAGGACCAGAAACAAAUUAAGAAACCAGAGAGCUUUCCCAAACAAGUUGUCCUUCGAGGAAAGAGUAUUAAACGGGCCCCUGGAGAAGAAACCGAGAAAGAAGAGGAGGAGGAAGACAGAGAAGAAGAGGAUGAAAAUGGCUUGCCCAGAAGGAGGGGUCUCAGGAAAAAAAAGACCACCAAGCUACGACUGGAAAGGGUCAAGUUCAGGAGACAGGAAGCCAAUGCGCGCGAGAGGAACCGGAUGCACGGCCUCAAUGACGCUCUGGACAAUUUGCGAAAAGUGGUCCCCUGUUACUCUAAAACCCAAAAACUGUCCAAAAUAGAAACUUUACGCCUGGCCAAAAACUACAUCUGGGCACUUUCUGAAAUUCUGAGGAUUGGCAAGAGACCAGAUCUGCUCACGUUCGUCCAAAACUUAUGCAAAGGUCUUUCCCAGCCAACUACAAACUUGGUGGCAGGCUGCUUACAGCUCAACGCCAGGAGUUUUCUGAUGGGUCAGGGUGGGGAGGCUGCACACCACACAAGGUCACCCUACUCCACAUUCUACCCACCCUACCACAGCCCUGAGCUGGCCACUCCCCCAGGGCAUGGGACUCUUGAUAAUUCCAAGUCCAUGAAACCAUACAAUUACUGCAGUGCGUAUGAAUCCUUCUAUGAAAGUACUUCCCCUGAGUGUGCCAGCCCUCAGUUUGAAGGUCCCUUAAGUCCUCCCCCAAUUAACUAUAAUGGGAUAUUUUCCCUGAAGCAAGAAGAAACCUUGGACUAUGGCAAAAAUUACAAUUAUGGCAUGCAUUACUGUGCAGUGCCACCCAGGGGUCCCCUUGGGCAGGGUGCCAUGUUCAGGUUGCCCACCGACAGCCACUUCCCUUAUGACUUACAUCUGCGCAGCCAAUCUCUCACUAUGCAAGAUGAAUUAAAUGCAGUUUUUCAUAAUUAA